GAAUUCUUAGCUCCGCAAAUUUCGCAGAAGGUAGGAACGCUGCGACUGCAAAGGGCAUUUGAAACUCUGCAGAUGUCAACCGAGGACUUCGCUUUCAUAUGAGGCGUUGCGUCUUUCUCUGCAAGCGUUUCUCUGUUUCCUGCCGGUCUUUGUUCCCUCCUUUCGAGCUCUCUGCCGCUCCUCAGUCUCGACCUUUCUCUUCGAGUUGUGCCCAGCGAACGAAAUGGAACUCCACGAUCAGCGUGAUAAUCACAAACCCAGUCCUGUUGCUCCUGGAAUCUUGCACCUCCAUGCGCCAACUCAAGCAACUCCAAGCUCACAUGACCAGGACUGGUCUUAUGGCCCACACGUUCCCUGCGAGCAGGGUCUUGGCCUUUUGCGCUUUAUCAGACUCUGGAGAUGUAAACUACGCGCGCAGCCUCUUCGCCCAGAUCGAGAAUCCCAAUAGUUACAUGUGGAAUACGAUGAUCCGAGGGUACUCCAAAGCGAAAACGCCGAGUUCAGGGUUGAUAUUCUUUUGCCGGAUGAUAAGCGGACGCGUGGAAGUCGAUGGCCGCAGCUUCGUGUUUGCCCUGAAGGCGUGUGAGAGAUUUGAGGGAGUUUUUGCUGGGAAGUUCGUUCAUUGCAGGAUUUGGAAGAUGGGUUUUGAUUGCGACUUGCUGGUUCGAAAUGGGUUGAUUCAUUUUUACACAAUAUUUCGGUGUUUGGACCUUGCGCGCCGCGUGUUCGAUGAAAGUCCUGCUAGGGACGUUUUCACCUGGACCUCGAUGAUCGAUGGUUAUGCCAUGCAUGGUUGCCCCAACGACGCCCUGCAACUGUUUGACUUGAUGUUGUCAGGUGAUGUUAAGCCUAACGAGGUUACUAUGAUUGCGGCACUUUCUGGAUGCUCCCAGAAGAAGGACUUGAAUGUGGGGAGGAAACUCCAUGAACUGAUAAGAAAGGAGAACGUGGCUUGUAGCUUGAAUUUGCGUAAUGCAUUAAUCGAUAUGUAUAUAAAAUGCGAUUGCUUGGUUAGUGCUAGGGAGGUCUUUGACAACAUGGAGACCAGGGAUGUCUUCUCAAUGACAAGUAUGGUCAACGGUUAUGCAAAAUUUGGUGAGUUAGAGAAUGCGAGGAUUUUGUUCGACAAAAUGCCUGAGAAAAAUGUGGUCUCCUGGUCUGCAAUGAUUGCAGGCUAUUCCCAAAAUGGUCAACCAAAGGAAGCAUUGGAAGUUUUUGCUAAUAUGAGAGAGGCAGGCUUAGUUCCUGUAGAGAACACUUUGGUAUGCGUUCUCUCUGCUUGUGGUCAAUUGGGUCGCUUGGAAGUGGGCUGCUGGAUUCACAGUGAGUACAUCCUUUCUAAGAAGAUCCUGGUUAGUGUCAUUCUGGGAAAUGCUUUAAUAGACAUGUAUGCAAAAUGCGGGUGCAUUGAUGCAGCUACGGAGGUAUUUGUCAAAAUGACUGAAAAAGACUUGGUAUCUUGGAAUUCCAUGAUCACUGGAUUCGCUGCUCAUGGGCACGCCGAGGAAGCCCUAGAGCUCUUCCAUCACCUGGAAAGCACUGGAUUUAGGCCAGAUAAGGUCACUUUCUUGGGUGUCUUAUCAGCUUGUAGUCAUGCUGGUUUAUUAAGGGAGGGCCAAGAAUACUUCAAGGACAUGGAGAGAGAAUUUGGGAUAGCUCCCCAAAUCGAGCAUUAUGCCUGCAUGGUUGAUUUAUAUGGUCGCAACGGCCUACUCAAAGAAGCAUAUGAAUUGAUAACUACAAUGCCGAUGGUUCCCAAUGAAGCCACAUGGGGUGCGCUUCUUAGCGCUUGUAGAACAUAUGGUAAUGUCAAUUUGGGUAUGGCUGUAGCAGAAAAGCUAUUGGAAUUGAAUCCUGAAGAUAGCGGUAUAUACAGUCUUAUGGCUAACAUCUUUGCCAGGGGAAAAGAAUGGAGCAAUAUGAGGAUGGUUAAAAGCAUGAUGAGGGAAAGAAGUGUGAAAAAGACUCCUGGCCAUAGCUUGAUAGAGGUGGAAGGUAAAUUUCAUGAAUUUCUAGCUGCUGAUGGAUCGUAUCUUCAGUCUGAAGAAAUCUGUUCGAUACUAAAUCAUCUAAGCUUGCUAUCUAGUUGGGAAGAUUCAGUAUCAUGUGCUACCUUAGGUUGAUGCAACUUCAUGUACAUUCAAUUGCUUGUUGUACAGCGAGAGCAACGGUCCAGAAUAAAAAUGGAUAAGAUUGACGAGCAA